GUCACCAUCAGCUGUCCCGCAGAUUAAAGAUGGCGCCCUCUCAUGCACUAAAGUGCUGCACACGGGCUCUGAACUGGGUACCUGUGCUGUUUAUAAACCUGGUUGUCGGUUGGUCUUAUUACGCUUACGUCGUGGAGCUCUGUGUCUAUACAAUCCCAAAUAAUGCAGAACGAAUCAGCUAUUUGGUCAUCUUUCACAUUUUCCUUGCCAUGUUUAUAUGGUCCUACUGGAAAACUAUCUGGUCCAGACCAGCCAGCCCCUCAAAAGCGUUUGGUCUGCCCAGAGCAGAGAAGGAACUGUAUGAGAGAGAGGAGCGAGCCGAGAUACAACAAGAGAUUCUGAAGAAAGUGGCAAGGAAUUUACCCGUGUAUACGCGCACAGCAGGAGGAGCUAUUCGAUACUGCGACCACUGCCAGGUUGUCAAACCUGACCGCUGCCAUCACUGCUCAACCUGUGAGAUGUGUGUGCUGAAAAUGGACCAUCACUGCCCCUGGGUGAAUAACUGUGUUGGAUUCUCAAACUACAAGUUCUUUGUGUUGUUCUUGGCCUAUGCCUCACUCUACUGUGUGGUAAUUUGUGCUACAGUCAUCCAGUAUUUCAUCAAAUUCUGGACCAAACAGCUGCCUGACACGCAUGCCAAAUUCCACAUCUUGUUUCUGUUUUUCGUGGCUGCUCUGUUCUUUAUCAGCAUCCUGUCCCUUCUCAGCUACCAUCUGUGGCUUGUUGGAAAGAACAGGACCACUAUAGAAGCUUUUAGGGGUCCUGUCUUCGCAAACGGUCCAGACAAAAACGGGUUUUCUCUGGGUUUUAGCCGGAAUGCAGCUGAGGUGUUUGGCGAUCAAGGGAAGUACUGGCUCUUUCCUGUUUUCUCAAGUCUGGGAGAUGGACAUUCCUUUGUUACCAGAUUGGUGCACAUAGAUCCUGAACAAGCAAACAGUGUCCUCCAGCAAAAUGGCAAAAGCCCUGCUGAUGGGGAGGCCAACACUUGUGUACUCGGUAACAAUAUACAACGCACAGCAGACGACAGCAAAGAGAAAAGUGACGGAAGCCAGAUAGUCGCGGUGAGAAUGGAGAGUGAGCCAUAGCAGGUUGCAGGUACAUCAGUAAAUCAUGAUGCCUUAAGCCAGGAGCAUCAGCACCUCUGGAGCCAUUCUCCACCAUCAUUUUGAGUUGACAGUGCAGCCUCAAGCCACAUGUUUUGUGUGUACAUUAUAUGGACCAUCCUUCAUCCAGCGUGCUUUAAACCAGCAUCCCAACAAUACUGUUCUCAUGUAAAAGGGAACUGUACAGCGAGCACGUAGACUGCACCGGUCUGAAGCAGAGGUGAUUCACAGGUUUUGUCUUUGUUUUGAGCCAAAGAGAUUCAGAUGUGUUUAUUAUUGCAUCUGAAAAACUCUGGGACUGCUUUUUCCAUCUUGAGCCAAUGCAUGUCUACAUUUUCUGUGUUCAUAUACAUGGAUUAAUCACUAGAGAAUCCUCCUUUGUCAGUGUUAAUCAAGCAUUGUGUGUGUGUGUGUGUGUGUGUGUGUGUGUGUGUGUGUGUGUGUGUGUGGUGUGUGUGUGUGUGUGUGUGUGUGUGUGUGUUGUGUGUGUGUUGUGUGUGUGUGGUGUGUGUGUGUGUGUGUGUGUGUGUGUGUGUGUGUGUGUGUGUGUGUGUGUGUGUGUGGUGUGUGGUGUGUGUGUGUGUGUGGUGUGUGUGUGUGUGUGUGUGUGUGUGUGUGUGUGUGUGUGUGUGUGUGUGUGUGUGUGUGUGUGUGUGUGUGUGUGUGUGUGUGUGUGUGUGUGUGUGUGUGUGUGUGUGUGUGUGUGUGUGGUGUGUGUGUGUGUGUGUGUGUGUGUGUCACACGCAAUUAUUAAGACCAGUAGUCAGUACCAGGUCUAAUUUACAGUUUACAUGAUUUAAACUAUUAUAGGUCUUUCUGUUUACACUUUUAAGAUAUUUAUUCUUUACAUUCAAUAUUAUGCUAUAACCAAGAUAUAAUGUGAGACCCAAAUCAACUUUAACGAUAGUAAAAUGGUAUGGUGGUUUCUUAUAAUUUCAAAUAAUUGUUUGACACAUAAUCAAUAGAUCACAAUGAGAUGGCCAUUUUCAUUGCACUAUAAAUAUUUGUAAUUUAUUUGUUUUCAAGUUUUUAUAAAUUAAUUGAAUUGUCUGUCAGUGUAUUGAUUUUAUUGAAAUUGUUUGUUGUCUUUAUUUUGUUAUUUAAAUGGGCAUUGUCCUUUUUCACAGAAUGUUUUCACUUUUAUGGUCAAUCCUUUGCAACAGUACAUAUUUAUAUUUAAGUUGAUCAGUCUUGAGUGUUAAUGCCAACGUAUGUAGUCUUUAUUGCUUUUACAGUUUAAUAACAUUUGUUUGAAAGUAAACACACGCAAUUAAACCAAUAAAACUGUUAAAAGAU